GGUGGGAGGUUGGCGUAGUCUUGAGGUGACAUCCAUCACUCCCGCCUGAUGCGGGGUGAAGCCGUCAUCCACCCAUCUGUUGACCGCGCGGCUCACUCUCAUUCGCCAUAACGCUCAAAAAUAUAACACGCAAAUACCCGGGGUGUCCUCGACGGAGGCUGCGUGCGUGUUUCUUUGUGCUGAAAUCCACUGUGCUGCUGUAAACCGCAGGCUGAUCAGAAUAAGACUGCGAACAAAGAACGUGGCUCUGAGCCACGCGAAUGCGAGUCAAUUCCACCUUAAAUGCAAUUUGCGUCUCUGGCGGCAGAGACCAUAGGCGCCAUCUUCGGUCCACCUUAAGCGCACAAUGUGGCAAACGAACGCAAGCGUACCAGCCAGGCUUCCGUCCUCAUUCUCCAGCCGGGGAUCGCACUUUGGCUUCCCAGCUUUGACACAGCGUCACUUGUGAAACAACAGAGAAGGAAAAAGAGACGCACUCGGGCCAAACCCCAUCCGCACCAGCAGGAGAAGAUGUCCGAGCCAAACAAGUACCGAGAGUGGAUCCUGGAAACAAUCGACUCUCUCCGCUCGAGAAAAGCCCGUCCGGAUCUGGAGAGGAUCUGUCGAAUGGUCCGGAGACGACACGGGUCAGACCCGGACCGAACCAGGACAGAAUUGGAAAAACUGAUUCAAGAACAGACGGUGCUCAAAGUUAGCUACAAGGGGUCCAUAUCGUACCGAAACGCGGCGAAGGUGCAGAGGAAAAGCAGAAAGAAGAGUGAGUUUACGGCCGCUGGCAGCAGCAGCAGCAGCGCGGAGGCAGCGAGGGAGCGGACCAAACACGAUCAUCUGAACAACAACGGCGACAGUGCGCACAGCUUCACGGACCAGGAGGAGGCAGAGGAGGACUCGGAGCCCAGCCCAGAUCCACACACUCAAACAUCAGGCAGCACCACCGGCAAAAAGCUCAAGCCUGCCUCCAGCCCGAGUAGCGGAAACGGGUGCCUCAGUUGUGGCGCAACAACGGGCUGUGCUGUCGGGAGCGGCUGUAAAGAGGAGAAAGCGAGUGCACCGAGAGACAAGGGAUUAGGACAGCAGGCGGCGGGGGACUGCCCGUCGCCCGGUUUCGGCCACAGGACAGGCGCACACAGCGGGGCUGACGGCGGCAGGACGGCUCAGAGCAAAGCCGGUGCAGUUAGCGCAGAAAAGGAGUGUGCUGUGUCCCGGGCUGACACGCAGAGCAAAACUUGCCCUGGGAGUGUCAGCAGUGUUCAUCAGAAUCAAAGGCAGAAGCAGUCUGUUCCCCUCAAGCCCAAACUUCGAGUCGGAGGAGGGAGCACCAAAACAACGGGGAACCACGCUAACUCGGACCUGGGCGACAGAUUAGUCGCUUCUGUUCGCAGCCUGUCCGAGAAGAGCCUCCGAGGGGGCUCAGCCACUGUGACCAGAGGCCACAUGAAGCCGCUUGGGCUGAAGGAGAUCCUGGGCUAUCUGAGCAGCCAGGAACGGCUGUCGGAGGAAAAGCUGACCCGAGGCAAAGUCAAAGUGGUCAUGGAGAGAGAGGUGGCGAGGGGCAGGCUGCGCAGGACCCGCUGCGGGAACAUUACUCUCCCUCUGAGGGGGGUGGUGGUAGAGGAACCGAUGCCGAAGAAUGCGUCCGCUGACAGACUUGCAAAGAGCGCACUGCAGGACAAACACGCUGUGAAAAAGCCGCCGUCACCCUCUCUCCAGGAGAAUGAGCCGAUGGAAACAGCCAGUGAAGAAGAGGAACGGGAAGACAACGAGGAAGAAGAGGAGGAGGAGGAUACUCGGAGUUCUGAGGAGGAGGGAGGACUAUCCCCAGUAGCCAUGACAACCGAACCAGUGCUCAUUGAGAAAAUCAGAGAAGAUGCUGAGAUCCAGAAAGCAUCAAAGCAGGAGAGCCCCCAGCAGGAGCAGCAGGAGGGAGGCAAAGGUUUGCCGGUGCUUGAUUUCAUCCCCGACACACCAGUUCAGGGAGCCUCGCAGUCACAGAGUAAUGGUCCAGUCAUGGAAGAGAGAGCUGGUUCCCCUGAUCAGAUACCAAUGGAGGUGCAAGUGAGUAAUCAGACACAGCAUGAUGAAAUAAACCACAGCUCCUCAGACUUUAACAAUUUGGAGUGCAAGACAGAGGUCGGUGUGUCGUCCUGCCUGCUAACACCCACAGCCUCCCCGAGAGACUCCAGCCGAUCUGAAGAACGAGGGAUAACCAUUAGCAGUGGAGUGCUCAUGAAGUCUGAGGGCGUCAAUGGGAGCCCAGUAAACUGGACAGUGUCAGAUGUUGUCAGUUAUUUCACAGCAGCGGGUUUCCCUGAGCAGGCUGCUGCGUUCAGGACCCAGGAAAUCGAUGGAAAGUCACUUCUCCUCAUGCAGCGUAAUGAUGUUUUGACUGGCCUGUCAAUCAGACUUGGCCCCGCCCUCAAGAUCUAUGAACGUCAUGUAAAGGUUCUGCAGAAAACACACUUUGAGGAUGACGACUGCUAACAGCAUGAAUCAAAUACAAGCAGACUGUUGUGUUUGUAUCUACAUAUAGCUAACGUAGUAUAAAAAUGCAUGCAUGAUAUACAGUACAAUACACUUAACUUUUCAUCUCAUGUCACACAACACAUGCAAACACAAAAACACAGGUACACACACACUGUUGUUUCUUAUCCUCCUGCCUCUUGACAUCAGAAAUGAGACUGGAUUUUCUAGACAACAAGGAUUUUCUAUCAGAGCACAAGUGUCGGAGGGAGAAAGUAGAGCAGAGAUUUUCAAACAACCAUGCAAUUUCUCCUUUAAGACAAACAACAAUUAAGCACUUUGCAAUUGUACUGAUUAAACUGUGCAAAAUGUUUUGGUUUAAGCUGUCACUUCAUGCUGACUUUUAUGCACAUUUUGAAAGCGGUAUGUUUUUUUUCUGGGACUUGGGGAAGGGAUCAUUUGCAUUUUUGGGCUAUGAUCUGAGAAUGUUCUUGUUGGUGUGUACCUUUCCUUCUACAAAUAGACAGAAGAUGUUGAAAAGGACAGCAAAGAAAUUAGAGGUUGACCGGAUUUGAGACAUUCCCAAAGCUGAAGUAGGCUGAUGAUGGCUGGCAUGAUGAACCUUUAUAUUGUUCUCUAUGUUUAAAACAAAACCUGUGCAGGGUUAUUGAAAUUUUGGAAAUGGUUGCUGGUCAAAGCAAUAAACUGACUAAGAUGUUUGAGAGGCUUUUGGACCAUGUCAGCUUAUCAGCUGGUUGAUUUUGUGUAACUUAAUAUCUCAUAUGGAAAAAGUAUUUUUUAAAUCUGCUUAGGGCUAUGCAUCACCACCUUAUAUGCUGGUUUUACAGAGAUACACUUUGAUAUUUGCUUUACAUCAGACUUUACUUCUUUAAUAGACACCUAAAAUCGCAUGUCACACAGAACUGUUUAACUGUCUUAUGUAGGUCCAGUUUUAUAGAAAUUAUGAGUAAGCUGAGAGCUUUUUUCCUAAACAAACUAAAUGGAUCGAUCUACUGGGAGUGAUCCGCUCAUCAGUGAUGAUUUACACAAAGAGUGUAAUUUUUAAGUGUAUUUAAAAGUGUUUAAGUGUAUCUUUAGUUAUCAUGACAUCUUGGACCAGAGUUAAGAUGUUGUGAUUUCUUGAAGACAGUUCAUCCUCAAAUCCAAUUAAAGGGAACUAUUUAGUACUUUAUUACUAAAAGAGAUAUUGCAGCUCAGCUGAGGGGGAUAAUAGUCGCUCUUUUUGUAGUCACAUUGAAAAGAUUGAUGGGUGUAGCUCAGUAGAAAGAAACUUGUUCCUAACAGAAACUGCUCACCCAAAAGCAAAGUGAUUGGAUUUUUUUUUUUGUUAUUUUCACUGAGUCACUGCUGAAUUAUUCCAAAUGAAUGAAAUUUGGACUCUGGACGCCUCCUCACUGAUUUUAGAUCAAGAAAUCAAGACAUGAUUGAAGUGAAGGCCUUCAGCUUUAACAAACAAAUUGGAAUAACAGCUAUUUUUGUACAUAGUCCUCAGUUUCCAGAGGCUAAAAAGUAAUUGGACAACUGACUGACAGGCACCUCUAUGGUGAUGCUGUUAUCUUCGUUAUUUCAUGACAAAGUAAAAGUAUCUUGUAAAAGACAGAAAGUAUCUAAAGGAGCCUGCACAGUUCUGAAGAAAUAUUGCAAAGAAUAACCAGAAUGAUGGAGACAGAAACAUACCAUACCACAUCAUACGUCAAACAUGGUGAAGGCAUGUAAUGGUACGGACAUGUGUGGCUGCCACCACAACUGGACUUCUAGUGUUUAUUAAUAUUGUGAUUGCUGAUAGAAGUGGCAGAAUUAGUUCUAAAGUGUGCGAGGCAUUGAGGUUCAGGUUCAGCCAAAAGUUCGAAACUGAUCCAAGAACCAUUCAAUUUGAUGGAUAGUGGAUAGUGAGUCAAAGUGCAGGGCAAAAGCUGCCCAAGAGUUUCUCAAGGUAAAGAAAUGUGAGAUUCCUCAAUGGCUAAGACAGUCACCUGACAUGUUUUUAGUUAUUAAAUAUAAAAAUGGUGGCAGAAAGACCCACAAAGAGCAACUGAAGGAGCAACAGUAAAGUCCUGGCAGAGCAUCUGAAGGAGUAAAUGCAGCAUUUGAUGAUGUCAGUUUUCAUCCAAAUAUUAAAACACUCUUCGAUUUAUUUUGCUUUUUCAGGCUAAUGAUAGCUUACGUCACUUGCAUCAACACCGCUUUGGACCUCAUUGAGAAUUAAAUGGAAUCCGUUCAGGGGCUUUUAUCAGCUGUAUUUAUCAUGGAAUAAUAAGGGAACAGACCUCAUCUGAUCACAAUCAUACUUUUUAGCCUGCAGUAGGCAUUUGGUAAUGUCCAAUGGUUCUAGACUUCAAGGUUUCCAGCAAAAGUAGUUUAAUUAAUCCUUAUUUUUAAAUUUUUCUUAUUCAGUUACUUUUGAGCCUCUAAAAUCAGGGCCUUUGUAUAACAAUGUGUGCGAAACGUUAAUACAAUACUUUUGUUAAAACCCCUCAAAUGGAAGUCUGCACUUGAGUCACAUCUUCAAUGCUUGAUUUAAAAUCUUCUGUGGUGGUGUGCAGCUCUCUAACUGUUCCCAAUAUUCAUCCAAAUAUUUAUGGUUUUAGACACCAGAGAAAAAAAUAUUUCAAUUCGAUUUCUGUAUGAACUUCCUCUUUAAUAUGACAGCAUAUGUCAGAUCAUCAUGAAUCAACCACUAGCUUUAAAUGUAAAGUCUUUUGUAUGGUAUUUUUAGCGUACUAGCUUAAUCGUUGAGAAUGAUUUCGCUCGAUGUCUUGAAAACACUUUAGUGCUGUUCAAUCAACACCAAUGUAAGAUAAAAGUAAAACAGGAUGUAGCAGCAAAAGGUAGCAUGCCUUACACACACACACACA